AUGAAAGUGUCCUGUACGCAUUUCCAGUGUUCUGCCGGGGCUUUUGCUCACCUCCGAGACCAUUUUAAUCACAGCUACAGCUCUGACAUGAGCAGCCAGACACUCUCAGUCAACAUCAGCCUCAUGCUGGCACAAGCUCAAGAGUGUCUCCUGGAGAAAACUUUACUAGACAACAGGAAGAGUCAUUUAAUAGCAAAGAUUUGUGCUCAGGUGUGUGAUUAUUAUAAGAAUUGUCUGAGGGUGUUGGAUAAUUCUGAAUGUGUGCCAGGAAGGAUUCAGAAAGAGUGGAGAAAGCUCGUCAACAUGAAGAUCAGCUACUUCAGUGCCAUCACACAUUUACACAUGGGAAAGCAGUCAGAGGAACAGCAGAAAUAUGGAGAAGCCGUCGCUUACUUUCAGUCAUCCCUGGACAAACUUAAUGAGGCAAUUAAGCAGAGUAAGGGCCAACCGGAAUCUGUACAGGAAGCUUUGAAAUUCACAAUGGAUGUGAUUGGUGGAAAAUAUAACUCAACUAAAAAAGACAAUGACUUUAUUUACCACGAGUCUGUGCCUGGUCUGGACACAUUGGCUACAGUAAAUGGUGCAUCGUUGGUGAAACCCCUGCCUAUAAACCUAACUGAUCAAAGUGUCACUGGUCCUGACCUCUUCUCUAAACUUGUACCCAUGGCAACUCAUGAGGCCUCAUCCCUUUAUAGUGAGGAGAAGGCAAAGUUACUUAGGGACAGUGUGGCUAAAAUAGAGGAUAAAAACCAAAUCCUUGAGAAAUUUAUGGAGUCUCUAAGCAGUGACUCUGUGUAUAAAAUAGACAUGUUUAAAUCUCUGCCUGACGCUCUGUUGGAAAAAUGUGCAUUUCUCAGUGUACGACCAGACACUGUCAAGAACCUCGUUCGGGCCAUGCAAGAAGUGAAAGAAAUAUCAGAGCUGCUGUUCAACACAACACUUCAGAGGAAGACAAAGACAGAUGUACAAACACUGAGUCACUUUGUGCCUCUUUAA